AUACAAGAAAGUGAAAUAAAAUGUGGUUUGUGUGGAAACUAAAGGGCAAGCCAGCAGCAAAUCCGGCCUCCUGCCUCCACUUUCCUCCAUGCAUGCCACUCUUCUCAUCAGGGCCCCUACCAAUUAUUUAUGCAUGUUUUCCUACACAUAAUGAGAUAAUAACCACAUCAUGUUCUGAUAUUAAAAUCAACCUAUAAAUGUAUCUAUAUCACUCGCUCUCAUCUUAGGUUGUAUAUUUCUCACACAAGAAUGUGCUGAAUAUGUGUCUGUUUUCACUAUAAAACCUCCUCGUAAAUCGAUAUCUUGACUUCAAUUCUCAGGCAGAUCGAAACUCAUGGGAAACCACAGGUUCAGACUCUCAGACAUGAUGCCCAACGCCUGGUUUUACAAGCUGAGAGACAUGAGCAAGUCCAGAGCCCAAAACCCCACCAAGAAAAAGUUGCCAUCUCAGCCUCAAAACCAUCGAAAAUCCUUGUACCAAGAAUCCGUCAGAAUCGAGAAAUUCUAUGGUAGUUCUCCUAAGAACCCCAAAUUCUUUGACACUCAGUUUCCAGCUCAGGAUCCUCCGCGGAGAUCGUUGAAGAAACGGGCCAAGAGAAAGACCAUUUACAUGCCGUCUCCAGGGCAAGUCGCCCCUUCUGUCUGCAUUUUCCAGGAGCCUGGAAAAGUCGAUUUCUUCGACAGCCCUACUUCUCCUGACGGGGAUUUUCUGGAAUCGGAGUCCGACUACGAUGGCCCACAUCAUGAUCAGUCCGUAAAUGAAGGGCUAAGGUCGUGGUCGUCGAGCUCCUGCAGCUGUAAGCUGAGUUCUUCAGCCACUGAUAUCAUCAUCAACGUCGACGACAGUUCCUGUGGCUCCAUCCACAUCGACAGGGUAACCGAAUUCAACAUGAUAUCAGAACCAGACCUGCCUCCCAUUCUGACCAAGCCCGUAAGUCGAAAUCCACCGGAAGGAUCUCCCAAGUCCAAGAAUUACUCACCGACUGAAUUUUCCAGGUCGAAAAACACGAGAAGGGCAAGAACCCGGAAAUCGGUUUCCAGGUCCGGGGGAGUGAAGAUCCGGGGCAAGAAAAUCGAAACCCGAGGAAGGAGAAGUGUGAAAAGUGAGAAGAAAGGGUUGUUCUACUCCGACAGCUUUGCUAUUGUGAAGGCAUCUUUUGAUCCUGAGAGGGAUUUCAGGGACUCGAUGAUGGAAAUGAUUCUGGAGAACAAUAUCAGGGCGUCCAAGGACCUGGAAGAGCUUCUUGCUUGUUACCUUUCCCUGAAUUCGAAUCAGUAUCAUGGUUUGAUUAUCAAGGCCUUUGAGCAAAUCUGGUUUAACAUGCCUGAACCCAAUUUCUAGUUAUAAAUAUUUAUUAUUAUAAUUUUUUUGUUUCUAUUUUUGAGUUUAUAGUUAUAUAUAAUAAUUUAUCUCUGUAAUUUUAUAAAUGUAAUUACUUGUAGAAUGAGAAAAGUUUAACCCACACUUAUA